AUGGAAGACUGGGAAGAGGCUCAUGAAGUUGUGAAGGCCGACAUUAACCAGCUGAAGGAUCAAGUGGGCCAGAUCCUGGAGGCCUUAAAGUCGCUGAAGGCUUCGGGAGAAGCUUCCUCUGCAUGGAUUGAGGAAAAUGUUCACCCUCAGGUUCCACGAUAUGAAGUCCAGAACGCACAGGGCAUGUCAAUCCCAUUCCCAAUGUACGGUCUGCCUCCGGGGUACAUUCCACCCGUUGGAGAGUAUUCAGAGGCAGAGCAAACUUCCUUUUCUUUUCCUAUGACUAACAAUACACUACCGAUCAAUACUCAAGGGCCGAUAUUAGCCACGACACCCAUGACGGGAGUAGGAAUGAAAGAGACAGUCACAUUCGUAGAACCAAGGGUGACUGUAGCACCAAAGUCUCCAAACAUAACUGUUGACGAAGAUGCUUUGGCUAAGGUCAUACCGCACGCUACGGCCCAGGUAGUGUCCACCGGUAUUGAUGGGGCUAAGAGUAAGCUUGAGAUCCUUGAAGAGAGGGUUCGAGCCAUUGAAGGUGGUGGAAGUUAUGGGUUCGGCGAUGUUGCAAGAUUAAGCUUGGUUCCUGGUGUGAUGAUACCACAUAAGUUCAAGGUCCCAGAAUUUGAAAAGUAUCAGGGUACCACGUGUCCUAAAAGCCAUCUGACAAUGUACGGUAGAAAGAUGGUUGCUUAUGCCUAUGAUGACAAGUUGUUGAUACAUUGCUUCCAAGAUAAUUUGGCUGGUGUUGCGCUAAAUUGGUAUACACACUUGGAGCCAUCUCGAAUUCAUUCUUGGAUGGAUUUGGCAGACGCUUUUGUGAAGCAGUAUAAGUACAACAUGGAUAGCGCGCCGGAUAGAUUGCAAUUGCAAAAUAUGGCUAAGAAGGAUAUUGAGUCCUUCAAGGAAUAUGCACAACGGUGGAGAGAGUUGGCUGCUCAGGUUGAGCCACCACUACUUGAUAAAGAGAUGGUGGCGACGUUUGUAAACACACUGGAAUCACCAUUUUAUGAGCAUAUGUUGGGGAAUGUGUCUUCCAAUUUCACUGAUAUCAUUAUUAUUGGUGAAAGGAUAGAAAUCGGGUUAAAGAGUGGAAAAAUUGCAUAUGGCCCGUUCACGGCUGCAACUUCUAAGAAACCCAAUUUCCAUCCAGGAAAGAAGAAGGAAGUGGAAGCACACACAGCCUCAAUGAUGUCAGUGUGGGAAAGUUGGGCUCCUACUCACAAUUAUCGACCACACUUGAACCAACCUCCUUAUGUGGCCAAUGUAGUGUCUGUUCAUCAAACACCACCUCAGCAACAAGGGUUUUAUCAAGCGUCAAAUCUUUAUCAACCACAGCAUGCCCCGAAUAAUGCUUGGAAAACCGAACCUAACUCAGGUUUCAACCGAAAUGUAGGUCAAAACACCAAUAUGAGGAGGAAUCAAGAUAGGAACUUUGUUCAGUUCACUCCCAUUCUUAUGACGUAUACGGAAUUGUUACCGCAUCUUCUCCAAAAGCGCUUGGUGGCAAUUUGUCUGAUGAAGCCUAUGCAACCCCCGUUCCUAAAGAAUUAUGAUCCAAAUGCUAAAUGGUGGGUAAAGUUUCACGAAGACAAACCUAGUGUUGAAGCGAAUCCUCUUUCUGGACAUGGGAAUCCUUCGACAAAUGUCGUCGAGGAUAGGGAACACAAGCUAGUAAGGAAUGUGAGUGAAAUCCAGAGCUCCAAGCAGUUUAUUUUUGAGAAAUUGUUGAAAUUGGGUCUGUUAAAAGGGGGAUAUAACUUGAGUGAAAAAUGCGGAUUCCAUCCGGGUGCUAAACAUUCAAUCGAUGAGUGCACCAAGUUCGAGGAUGUUUUACAAAAUUUGCUCGACAGAAAUUUGGUGCAAGUAUGUCGUGAGGGUAUGGAGGAGGAAGUAUUUGCACAGGAUGGCGGGAAACCCGAUGUGACUUUGCCAGAGCCAUUGGUGAUUCAUUUCACCAGAUCCACCCCUACACUAGCAAUGCAAGAAAGGCAACCUAUUACUAUCCAAGCACCAUCCUUUUUUCCUUACAAGAGUGAGAAAGUUGUCUCGUGGAAAUAUGGUGCAUGUGUGUCGGGUGGGGAACAGCGAAUAGAAGGUCAGCCUACCAGUGGUGAGCCAGUGGUUGAAAACAUUUCGGGUAUUGGUGGAAUGACUAGGAGUGGUCGAAUAUUCACGCCUCCGAUCUUGAUGAAAGAUGGUGUGAGUAAUAGUGAAUCGAUGAUGACCAAAAAUGCUAAAGAAUUCUUGAAGAUGAAGAUGAUACAAACCGAUGAAGGUCUGAGAAAAGAUGACAAGAGAGAAAUAUCUAAUGAAGAUGCUAGUGAGUUUUUGAAGUUCAUACAACAAAGCGAGUAUAAAGUGGUCGAGCAGCUGAAUCGCAUGCAUGCUCGGAUCUCUCUUUUGGAUUUACUCAUGCAUUCAACCUCACAUAGAAAGCUACUAAUGAAGAUACUCAGUGGAGCACAUGUGGAACAAAACAUUUCUCUGGACAGUUUUGAGGGAAUUGUUAGCAACAUCACCGCUAACAACUACCUCACUUUUACUGACGAGGAGAUACCUACUAAAGGGAGAGGACACAACAAGGCCCUUCAUGUCUUUGUGAAAUGCCUGGAUCAUGUUGUGGCGCAAGUAUUAAUCGACAACGGUUAUUCUUUGAAUGUAAUGCGAAAAGCGACAUUGGGAAAGCUACCGUGUGAAGGUAUUCACAUGAAACCAAGCGCAAUGAUCGUGAGGGCUUUUGAUGGGAGCAAGAGAGAAGUGAUGGGAGAGGUAGAACUGCCAAUCCAAAUCGAGUCGUGCGUCUUUCAAGUAACUUUCCAAUUAAUGGAUAUCCUCCCAGCAUACAGCUGCUUGUUGGGCCGCCCUUGGAUUCAUUCAGCAGGUGUGGUGCCUUCAACCUUGCACCAAAAGUUGAAGUAUGUCAUGGGUGAUAAACUAGUGAUAGUUUCAGGAGAGGAAGAUAUUUUGGUGAGUGGACCUUCGUCUUCUCGAUAUAUUGAAGUAGCAGAAGAAGCCCUUGAGACAGCUUUCCAGUCCUUGGAAAUUGUGGGCAAUACCUAUGUAGAGCCAUAUCCGAUGAACCCACAAUUGUCUCAUGCCUCCCUUAUGACUGCCAAGAUCAUGCUAAAAGAGGGAUACGAAUACGGAAAAGGGCUAGGCAAGGACAAGCAAGGACUGAUAUUUCCCCUGGAGGUCACUGAGAAAAGGAAUAGAUACGGCCUGGGAUACAAGCCUACUCGAGAAGACAAGAGGAGGCUGAUGGAAGAAAGGAGAGAACGCGAUCUGGCUCGCAUAUAUGACAAUGAAUGUUUUGAAAAUAACAAUAUCGAUAUCCCUAAUUUUGAGUACCCUGUCGAUAAUAUGGAAGGUGAUUAUGAGGAGAAUCCGGAACCCUCCCCUGAACUAAUGAGAUUAGUGGAACAAGAAUCUAAGGAAAUAAAACCCCAUCAAGAGGAUGUUGAAACACUUAACCUAGGAGAGGAGGAUGAGAAGAAAGAAGUGAAAAUUGGCACUAGUAUGAAGAGAGAAGUGAAACAAGAAUUAUGUGCUUUACUAAAGGGAUUUAGGGAUGUGUUUGCUUGGUCGUACAAUGACAUGUCUGGCUUAGAUACUGAUAUAGUGCAACAUAAGCUUCCACUCAAGCCGGAAUGUCCUCCAGUUAGACAAAAGCUAAGGAGAAUGAAACCAGAGAUGUCAUUAAAGAUCAAAGAAGAAGUGCAAAAGCAAUUUGACGCUGGAUUUCUAGCUGUGGCAAAAUACCCUCAAUGGGUGGCAAAUAUUGUACCAGUGCCUAAGAAGGAUGGCAAAGUUCGGAUGUGCGUUGACUAUCAAGAUUUGAACCGUAGGAGUCUAAAGGACAAUUUUCCAUUGCCUCACAUCGACACAUUAGUGGAUAAUACAGCCAGAUUCUCACUAUUUUCAUUUAUGGACAGCUUCUCGGGAUAUAAUCAGAUCAAGAUGGCACCUGAAGAUAUGGAAAAGACAACAUUUAUCACAUUGUGGGGGACAUUUUUCUAUAAGGUCAUGUCUUUCGGACUCAAGAAUGCCGGAGCAACCUAUCAAAGGGCCAUGGUGGCGCUUUUUCAUGAUAUGAUGCACAAAGAAAUUGAGGUCUACGUAGAUGAUAUGAUCGCCAAGUCCGAGUCAGAAGCAAAACACAUCCUCAACCUGAAGAAAUUGUUCGAGAGAUUGAGGAAGUUCAAGCUUAAACUAAACCCGGCUAAAUGCACAUUCGGUGUGAAAUCCGGAAAGUUGCUGGGUUUCGUUGUCAAUCAAAAGGGGAUUGAGGUUGAUCCUGACAAGAUGCGCGCGAUAAUCGAAAUGCCUACUCCUAAUACGGAGAAGGAGGUGCGAGGUUUCUUGGGCAGACUGAACUACAUUGCUAGGUUCAUCUCCCAGUUGACUUCCACCUGUGAACCAAUAUUCAAGCUAUUGCGUAAAAAUCAGGCUGUCAAGUGGAAUGAAGACUGUCAGGCUGCUUUCGACAAAAUUAAACAAUAUCUUCAAGAUCCUCUAGUCUUACGCCCACCUAAACCUGGGAAACCACUAAUCUUGUAUUUGACUAUAUUGGACGAAUCAAUGGGUUGUGUGUUAGGUCAGCAUGAUGAAACUGGAAGAAAAGAGCAUGUCAUAUACUACCUGAGCAAGAAGUUCACAGAAUGCGAACGACGAUACUCGUUUUUAGAGCGAACUUGUUGCGCAUUGGCAUGGGCCGCCCAUCGUCUAAGACAAUAUAUGUUGAGUCAUUCUACCUGGUUGAUAUCCAAGAUGGACCCCAUCAAGUAUAUUUUUGAAAAACUCGCUUUAACUGGAAGGAUAGCUCGAUGGCAGAUGCUAUUGUCAGAAUACGACAUUAUAUAUGUCACACAGAAAUCUAUCAAGGGUAGUGCUCUGGCUGAAUAUCUGGCUCAACAACCCAUUAACGAUUAUCAGUCAAUGCAGCCUGAAUUCCCCUAUGAAGACAUCAUGGCCUUAUUUGAAGGUGAUCAGGAAGAGCAAAAUGGAAAGACAUGGAUGUUAUUAUUCGAUGGAGCUUCUAACGUCAUGGGACAUGGUAUAGGGGCAAUACUGAUAUCUCCAGAGAAUCAGUACAUUCCAAUGACCGCAAGGCUGUGUUUUAAUUGCACGAACAAUAUCGCUGAAUAUGAAGCUUGCGCUAUGGGCAUCCAAGCCGCAAUUGAAUCGAAGGCGAAAAUUUUGAAUGUGUAUGGAGAUUCAGCAUUGGUUAUCCAUCAAUUAAAAGGGGAAUGGGAAACUAGGGAUCCGAAGUUGAUUCCCUAUAGAGCUUAUAUCAUGGAGUUGGUGGAGUAUUUUGAUUCCAUUGAAUUUCAACACAUUCCGCGAGAAGAUAACCAGUUGGCAGAUGCCUUGGCUACUUUGUCAUCGAUGUUCGAGGUUAAUCAAGAUGGGGUACUGCCGAUGAUCCAAAUGAAGAGUCACGAAGAGCCAAUAUAUUGUCACUUCAUUGAUUACUUCACUAAAUGGGUAGAAGCUGCUUCUGACGCCAAUGUGACAAGAAAAAUUGUGACUAAAUUCAUAAAAAGAGAGCUGAUUUGCAGAUACAGAUUGCCCAACAAGAUAAUCACUGAUAACGCCACCAACCUGAACAAUCAAAUGAUGACUGAAUUGUGUGAAGGAUUUAAAAUCCAACAUCAUAAUUCUUCUCCUUAUCAUCCAAAGAUGAAUAGGGCAGUCGAGGCUGCUAAUAAGAACAUCAAGAAAAUUGUACAGAAAAUGGUGGUUACGUAUAAAGAUUGGCACGAGAUACUUCCUUUCGCUUUGCAUGGGUAUCGUACUUCAGUACGUACAUCGACUAGGGCAACGCCUUUCUCUCUGGUAUACGAAAUGGAGGCAGUGCUACCUUUUGAAGUAGAAAUUCCAUCCCUACGGGUGUUAACGGAGACCCAGUUGGAAGAGGCUGAAUGGAUUCAAGCUCGGUUUGACCAGCUCAACCUCAUUGAGGAGAAGAGGCUAACAACAGUGUGUCACGGACAGUUAUACCAAAGAAGAAUGAAAAAAACGUUCGACAAGAGGGUGCGCCCUAGAGAGUUCCAUGAAGGCGAGCUAGUCUUGAAGAAGAUCUUGCCUAUACAGAAGGAUCACAGGGGCAAGUGGACUCCAAAUUAUGAAGGCCCAUAUGUGGUGAAGAAAGCAUUUUCUGGUGGGGCACUAAUUCUCACAAGGAUGGAUGGGGAGGAAUUACCGUUACCGGUCAAUUCUGACGCGGUCAAGAAAUUUUAUGCAUGA